AUGAUUUUUUUUCGAAAUCGAACAGAAAUAAUUCAUUUAAUUGAAGAAUCAGCUAAUGAAUUCUAUGAAAUUCAUAAAAGUGUGAAAAUUACAAAAGUUGUCACCGGUAGUACUGGAACUGCUGGUACAUUGCUUUGUCUAACAGGACUUACAUUAGCUAUACCAACUGAUAGUUUGUCAAUAUUUCUUACUAUCGAUGGUAGUACUUUAGCAGCAGCCGAUUGUGCAAUAACUUUACCAAUACAAAUAAUUGAUCUUGCUGCUAAUGGACAUGCUCUUCAUAAAAAAAAAACUUCUGAUACAUCUAAAAAGCUUCGUCAACUUGCUCAACAAUUCAGUACACAAGCUGCUAACGUUAAAAUAUAUAUCGAAGAUCAACGAAUGCAAAUGAAUUUUUAA